AUGGGGAGAAGGCUAACUGGAAGCCAAAGAGUUUUGAUUUGUAAAGUGCCAUCUUUGCGUUUGAAAGAUAGACGAAAUGUAAACGGCCGGAACUUUAUUAGUCCCGUGAAAAAUCAAGAUAUCCCGCAGUAUUGUGACGCUAGCUGGGCAUUUUCUGUAACUUCGGCUCUCACGGACCGUAUGCGCUAUAUGAGGGGCGCUUCUUAUCCUUUCCAGGAGCUUUCUGUUCAAGCGUUGAUCAAUUGCGCAGAUAGCUUUUCGGGAUGUUUUGGUGGCGACGUUUUUUCAGCCUACAAGUACAUCAAGUCAGUAGGACUUCCGGGAGAGAGCUGCCUGCCUUACUUGGGCGUGGAGGACCGGUGUACAUCCCAAAACAUUUGUCGCGUCUGUAUGGAUACGGACGUGUGCUAUCCAAUAUCGUCCUACCAUAAAUAUUAUAUUUCCUCCUUUGACGCGGUCGACGGCAUCAGUGCCAUGAUGGAUCAGAUCUAUUACAAUGGUCCAAUCACCUGUAAGAUAUCGGUUACCAACGAUCUGCAAAACUAUCGAAAUGGGAUUUUCUCUCGAAACACGAGCUCCUCGCUGUACGAUCAUUAUGUGAAUAUCAUUGGUUGGGGGAGUGAGAAUGAAACUCCCUACUGGAUCGUUCGAAACAGCUGGGGUUCCUCCUGGGGCGAGGAUGGCUAUUUCCGGAUCCUCCGCGGUGUGAAUCUUUUGGGAAUCGAGUCUUCCUGCAGCUAUGCAGUUCCAUCUGUCACUCCGAUUUCUCGAAACGAAACGAAUUCAUCGAAUCAAACAAACUCAUCGAAUCAAACAAACCCAUUGAACUCAUUGAAUCCAUCCACCUCACCAAACCCAUUGAACUCAUUGAACCCAUUGAACUCAUCCAUCUCAUUCCUUGCGCGCGGAUUCGCCACCAACUGGACGGCCAAUCCGCCGGUCAUUCACUCUCCAUUGCCGUGGACCUAUGUCAAUCUGUCGUCCCUACCCACGCAGUACGACAUUCGUUCGCUCGACGGCGUGGACUACUCCACGCCCAUUCGAACGCAGCGCGCUCCGCAGUUCUGCAACGCGUGCUGGGCGCAGGCGGCCGUUUCCGCGCUGUCGGAUCGGCUGCAGCUGCAGUCGAGAGGCGCGUGGCCGAUGGUCGUUCUCUCCACGCAGAUGGUGGUGAACUGCGCGACGGGAUCGUGCGAUGGCGGAGAUCCGGGCGAAGUGUACCGCUUUGCGUACAUGUCCUCGAUUUCGGAUGAGUCGUGCCAAGUGUACGAGGGGAAAAAGAAGACGUGCAAUGGCAAAGGGCGAUGCAUGGAUUGCAGACGCUUUGGCGAGUGUAUGGAGGUCACUGCGUAUCGCAAAGUGAGCGUGUCGGAGUACGGAGAGGUGCUGGGAAUCGAUCAAAUGAAGGCUGAGAUCUAUGAGCGAGGCCCGAUUACGUGCUUCAUGGUGGUCACGGAGCAGUUCCAACGAUAUACGGGAGGUGUGUUUGUAGAGGAGGAUCAUCACUAUUUGGGAGGACAUAUCGUGGAAGUGGUGGGCUGGGGACGGACGGAGGAGGGAGUGGAGUAUUGGAUAGGGAGGAACAAUUGGGGAGAGAAUUGGGGAGAGAAGGGAUGGUUCCGGAUUAUGAUGGGAGGAAACAAUUUGUUGAUUGAGUCGUCUUGCUCUUGGGGAGUUCCCUUUGUUCAUUAAUGUGUAAUCUGUUCUUGACUUGUUUGUUACAGAAUCGAGAUGGAGAGUGUGUUUGAAAGCGUCCUGCCUGAGUAUAGAAUGCGAGUGCGGCAAAUCCAAAGAAAUACAAUUGAACAAGACGGAAAAUCGUGGAGAUUUCUGGAGAUUCUUUUUUCAACUUCUCUCAAAAGAAUCUCCAAAACUCGCCAAGUCCAUCUGGCAUUCUUACCUGGUUUAUGAAGUUCGGGAAGGUAAUCCGUAAAGCAGUUCAAGCUUGUCCGUAGGUAUAUUAGAUUUUCAUGAAAGUGUAGGAAGGAGUGGGAAGACUACUGGAUGAACUACAAACAGUUUAAGCUGAUUAUUGCGGAGAUUGAGAAAGAAAAGAAAGAGAAAUUAAGUGACAAAGGAAUAGAUACAGAUAAAAUAAAUGAUGCGGAAGGAAGCAACACGAUCGAUAUUAGUAUGGACGGAAAUAUGGUUUGAUGAAUAGCUUCUCUGGAGAAGGAAAAGCAGUUUUUCCGUGAACUUACCGAAAGCGUUGUUAUGGUUGAUAAUUUUUUUAACCAAAUUCAAGUGCAAUA